AUGAUUCAGCACUUUGUAGUUCGGCUUCAGAGCCGUUGUUUAUCUCGGUCUUCGGGGUUAUGGGAUCGAUUCAGCCGAGAAACACUACGUCAAAGGCUUCAAAAAGUGACUGAAACGCAACGCACAAAUCGAGCUGACGUCUAUUACUCAGAUGCAAUAUCUCUACGCCCUCCAAGAGACUUGUGGAAAGCAGGAGCUUUUACGGCAGGGGUAUGUGUU